AUGAGCGCCGCAGGCAGGGACAGCCCCGUCUCCCGCUCGGCCCCGCCCACGCCUCGCCGGCAGCGUGCUCCGGUGGCGGAUGAGUUGGGGGUUCGGGCAGCCCCAAGGCGAAGCGUCGCCUCUUUGCUGUGGGCUCCGGCAGCCGCUCCAGCGUUGCCUCCUCCUCCGCCGCCGCCGCCGCCGAGGGGUUCCAUUGAUGCUUGUCAGAGCAGGAGCAGUGUGGACUGGCUACAUCGUCGACGGCAGCUGAUCCUUCUUGCUGGUGCUAUGGCAUCAGUAGCAGUGUCCUUCAUUGAGGUGAUGAGGAGGCGCAGGAAGUACAGCGCCCAGCAGUUUGCUCGACUCCAUGACGCCAUUGUUGGUCUCGCAUCUGCUGUUCGUGCUGCCACUGCUCCAGUCGAACCACACCCUGAUCUGUACCCCACAGUGAUGGGCAUCCCUGGCUUCAUUGAGGAGCAGCUUCUGGCUGUCCUCUUCUACCUCAACCAGGGCAGACCCCGUGGGAUGAUGUUUCUGGCGAUGUCUGAACCGCAUCGCGUGUUGUGGAUUGAGCAGAUCCUCGCCAAGCAGGAGCUCUGA